AUGGUUAUUGAAAAUCACAACAAAACAUUACGAAAUCUCACUGCUGUUAAUGAUACAACAGAAAGAGGAGUGAGAUUUAAUGUUGGUAUUACUUCCUUGUUUGGAUUUGCAGGGUUGAUGCACAGGGUCGCCUCUAAACCGGCUGAGAACCCCAAACCAGUCACCUCCGCCCCCACUGAGCCACAGGCGCCGGCGCCGUCGUGA